UAAAUUAAUUGGUUUCCGUGAAAGUUAUAGUGUUUACAAAUGGCGAUAUAUAUACUGGGAUUUUUUUUUUUUACUAGUAAUGGCGGCAAUCAGCGACUUAUAGCGGGACUGCGGCGGGCACUGACUUGGUGUCACUGACAUCCCCAGUGACACCAAUACAGUGAUCAGUGCUAAAAAAAAUGUACUGAUGUGUACUAAUGGCACUGGGCAGGAAGGGGUUAACAUGAGGGGCGAUCAAAGGGUUAACUGUGUGCUGGGUGUGUUUUACUUCACUGUAAGCACACUGCUUUGGAUGGUUGUGCUGUGCACAGCCAUCCAAAGCAGUGUGCAGGAGCUGACAGGGAGAACU